AUGUAUUUUAUUCAAAAAGAAAACGAGUGUGAUGGCUGUAGUCCCAAUGCACAAUGUCUCAAAGGACUCUGCGUUUGUUUUGAUCAAUACAUCGGCAAUGGAUAUCACUGCCAACCAUCUUCAUGUGCCGCCUGCCCAACAACGUGUGUCGCUGGAGCUUGUCCAAGUCAACCCGCUACUUGUGCCUCUUGUCCAACAACUUGUGUAUCAGGAGUAUGUCCCAGCCCUCCAGCCGUUAGCUGCGCCGCGUGUCCAACAACAUGUGUUGCAGGARCAUGUCCAACCUCCUUUUCCAGGUCGAAGAUAAAGAGAAACAAAAAGUCGCACAUCACGCAUGCGAUUAAAAAGCAAAUCACGUGAUAUAGUUGUUUAGGAAGGAAGUUUGUAACAUUUAUGUAUUUGAAAUUGAAAAGAAAUGAAGUACAGCUAAAAAUUGAAAAUGGAUGUAUGAGAAAUGAUUGAAUAGAUGAAUUAGAAAUGAAAAAGAAAAUGGAAAUAAACGGCGAAUAAAUAGAUGAAUCACAUGUACAACUGUAAGUUACAAAACAAAUUUAGACAAAAUAAACUCAAUAAAUUAUUUUUACAUA